GGGGCGACCUGGAAAGAACUCUGAGCAGAGUGGGCGUGGCUUUGUGAGAGCAGCCUGAUUGGCUGUCUCUUUUGCAAGUGGCGUCAGCUGAGCAGCAUCUCGUGCUGCGGAUAUUUGUGCAAGCAUGGUGGAGCGACCUUGGCCUUGUCGUCACCUGCGCCUUUGCGCCUUUGCUGCCCUAUCCUUCACUGUGCUGUGUCUAGGUCUCAGGGUUGUCUGUGCCUUUAAUCCUGCAAGGAGCACAGAAGCUCACUGUGAAGUAUGUCAACAUUUUUUGGAAAAUCUGUACAGUUCUUUAAAAGAAAAACAUUCUGAUUUCUCCAUGGCUUCUAUAGAGAAUGAAUUGGUCAGGAGCUGCAUGGACACAAAAGGAAAAGAAAACCACUUGUGCUAUUACAUCGGGGCCACAAGCGAUGCAGCUACCAAAAUAAUUAGUGAAGUCAGCCGCCCAAUGAGCGCUCAUGUACCAGUACCUAAAAUCUGUGAGAAGCUGAAGAAAGUAGACAUUCAGAUCUGUGAACUCAAAUACGAAAGAAAACUUGAUUUAACAUCAGUAGAUCUCUCCAAGAUGAGAGUGGCUGAGCUGAGGAAGAUCCUGGAUAGCUGGGGAGAAGUGUGCAGAGCAUGCAUUGAAAAAACGGACUUUGUGAACCUGAUUAAGGAGCUCGCACCCAAACAUAUGGAUACAACUUCUAGAGCUGACCUUUGAUGAAAUGUUACCUGGCCAGUGCUCAUGCCUGAUUACCGCAUGGUGUUGCAUCUGUUAAGCACAAACAAUGAAGAAAUGAUCUGGUGUAACAAGCAAGAAAAAUCCUAAGGAAUUUAUUAUGAAUGCUAGCAAAGUUCAUAGUCUUUGGAAUUAUAAUCAGUACUUAAGUAAAUGAAAAGUGUUAGCCUGAAAGAUACCCUUCAGAUAAAGCAAUAAGAUUUUCCAAACCGUAAAAGAACAGAAAUAAUUAUUCAGACUCAAAAAUAAGGAUUUCAAGUGAUAUUCAUGAAAUUUGAGUAAUUUUGAGAAAUUCCAUUUCAUGAAAUGUUUAUAUACACACAAUUUGGCUUCUGAGGGUAGGACUCCAUAUUGUCAGAUGUGUUACAGAACUGUGUUUGAUAAGAUAACUGGGAGUAACCUUGCUGAGCUCAUUUAGGCUUCCUUACAAGUAAAUUGCAUAGGUUCAUGCUGGUAGGUUAAUAAUAUAGUCAGAUUCAAUAACAUAAAGACUUGAAACUUAUUAAAGCGGACAAUCUCAGCUUCAGCCUUUUAAGCAAAUCCUAAAUAGUGUGACUUAUGAACAUUUCUGAUAUUACUUUUUACAGACACUGCCUGACAUACAGAGUAAGGAUGCACCAGUGCAAUGAGACAGCAGCCUAACAGAAUUUCUCAACGAACUGCACUGGUGCACUGGGGAAACAACAGUUUUUGAUGCCCUCCCUUUCCUCAGGAAGCCUCUGUGCCACCCGGAAAUAUGUCCCACAGGAUUGUGCAGCACUCGGGGACAUAUUUUCGGGGGGUACAGGGGUCUUCAUGGGGAAGUGGAGGGCAUCAAAAAUUGUCACUUCCCCAUUGCACUGGUGCAGUUAGUUGGGAAGUUCUGUCCAGCUGCUCUCUCACUGCACGAUGCAUCUUUGCUCUGUAGGUCAGCCAAUCAUCUUGAAACUUGAUCCACAUGGCAACAUGGUGAUUAUGUGCUAGAAUUGCCACAUGGAUUUUUGGCCAGGUAAAUUGAUUUUGUGAUGAGAGUCUCCCCAGUUUCUUGAAAUAAGAGCUCAGUAGGACAUGAUGAGCUGUGCUCUGUAUGCAUGGCAUUAAGAAGAUCAGCUCACUAUUUGAUAAUUUCCACUCCCCCCUCUCUAAAUUCAGCCUACAGCGAUACUACCAUGUAAAAGAAUGAUGUGUGAAUUAGCUCACUUCUCUCUCUCCUUUAAUAUACUUCCUCUCAAAAUAGUAACUAGACAAUGAAAAUGCAAUAGAACCAUUUUAAAAAGAAUUUAAAAUCCUGAUCAAUCUUGUUUUUCAAAUGCUGAACUUUUAGUCAGUUGUCUGAAAAUGCUUUAACUCUCCUUCAUGACAAUAUAAGAACAGGUCCCAAGUCAGUCCUUAUUUCAAUGAAACAUUGCGGUCAGAAGUCACAUCAUACCUACGGACCUGCUACAAGGGGGACCCUCACCAUGAGGCAGAAUGAGGCGAUCACCUCAGGCACGCACACAGGGAGGGGCGCAGAGGGUGGCAAGUGCCCUGACACCACAGACAACACUCUACAGGUCUCCCUGCCGCCCACUGCCACUGCCCUUCCUCACUCCACUGGGGCAUGCAUGCUGUUCAUUUUUUCCUCCUUGCCCCACUGCGGUGUGCUGCUUCUUUCCACUCAACAUAAGCUAGCAACGCCUCUGCUGCCACUGCUUGGUUUGGUGGUGUAGUCUGAGAAUGUUUGCAUGCCUCUGCCUCAGCAGCAUGGCUGGAAAGUACUGAACACCCCUCUGCAGAUGGUGGGGGGACAUCAUAUUGUCCUUUGCCUUACACAGCAAAAUAUUUUGCGCUGCCUGUGUUUGCCACAGAUAUCCAGAGGAUUCAUUUCGAAGAUUUUCCCCUCUAGCAAUUGUUUAAUUUAAUAUAUUGGAUUAAACUACUGAGGACUCCAGAUGAGCCAGAUCCUCAUUUGAUUCAAUCUGGUAUUAUACCUCCAACUGUGUUAAGACUGGCCAUAAUGUCUGAAUAAAUGUUGGUUUGUUCUAGCUAACGUGUUUGAAAUAAAAUGAGAUCUGUAACCCACUUCAAACUUCAUAUUCCAGUUUAUUUAAAGGAAUUUGGUUAGAAUAAAUCAGGAUUGGUUGGUUCAG